AUGAAGACACUAACGGCCUUUUUGUUCCUAUCUAUGGCAAAUCUCUGCCUUGGUAACGAUUCAUACACAACAAAGUAUGAUGGUAUAAAUUUGGAUGAAAUCCUUGCCAGCCAUCGUUUGUUAACUGGGUAUAUCAAUUGUCUAUUGGAUAAGGGACCUUGUUCUCCUGAUGGAAAGGAAUUGAAAAAUAACUUGCCCGAUGCCAUUGAUAACGAUUGUCAUAAAUGUACCCAAAAGCAAAAAGAGGGAGCUGAUAAGGUUAUGCAUUUCAUUAUAGAUAAUAGACCAGAAGAUUGGGACGAACUGGAGGAAAAAUACAAUUCUGAUGGUUCCUACAAACUGAAGUAUUUGACAACAAAACUGUCGGAACACAACGAGGAUGUGAGUAAAAAUGAUGAUGAAAACGAAGAGGAAGUGAAUGAGAGUCUUGAUCAUGGAAGUGAAGAUGACCAUGAGACGGUGAUGGAAAGCCAUUAA